AUGACCCAGUCCAAGGCUGGGCCUUCACUCCCUCAGGCCCAGGACACGACCGACACCGACGACGAUCGCCAGCACGGUCUUGACAGCUCCGAUUCCCACAUCCACAGCCACCCACGCAAUGGGCACCUCUCUCGUUCCUCCUCCGCCAUCAGCAAACACAACCACAAUCACGGUCGUUUCCACAACCAUCGCCAUCUGCACAACCACCACCACCACGCUCGCUCAGAACAACAACAGCAACAGCAACAACCCAAGCACCUCCAGCCCCGUGCAGACUCAGACCAGGUGAUCGUCAUCGAGACAAUCUCUGUGAUCCAUAUCGUCGACGCUCACGGCUCUACGAUCGCUUUCUCCACGCUCCCACCUGCCAAGCCACGCACCACGACCAUCACUGGCAACCUUUCGCUGCCAACGAAAGUUGGUACCGCACCGGACCUGCCUGCGCCGCUAGUCCCGUCCGGCAUUGAAGGCUCUCCCAGUCUUGGUCUUCCGACGGACACCAGCAAUGGCGAUAUCAUCAUUUCGCUUCCCCCACUAGACCCGACCGUGAAACCGUCGGAUAUCUCGAUGCCGACCGUAUUCCCUUCCUUAUCGUACUCGCCCUUGACUUCAACUCCUUUGUCGGGCGGGCCCCAUUAUCCCUCUUUUGGCGGUGUCACGAAUUCUACGACGACCCAAGCCGUCGCGACAUCACUUCUUCCCAACAAUGGAACUGGCUCCAUUAACGGCACGGCAAUUUUUUCAGCCACUUUGACCUCUUCACUUCACGCCGCAGGCCUGACGACAGACUCGGCCUCUGUUACGUCUUCGACGCGGACUCCCUCUUCCUGGAGCUCUACCACCGGCACCUCCACUUCGACGACGAAUGGCGGCGCCGUCGUCCCUACUGGAGGCGGAUUCACGGACGACAGCAGCGACCCAUCGGUGGCACCGCCACAGGCUACCGACUCCUCGACGCCACCUGCAGCGACAGUCGCAGGCAGCGUCAUCGGCGGUAUUGCGGGUCUUGCCAUGCUUAUCUUCCUGGCGCUAGCGCUGAUGAGAUUCAAGCGGCGGCAGGCGCAACAAUCCCUGGAGAGUGGAAGCACAGCCAGGGGGGGACUUGAUUCUUCUGCAGCAGCACGAUCCGGUGGUGGUGAUGAUGGUGGCAGGGGAGGUCCCGCCAUGUCACAACGGCCCCGGUCCGUGCCAUUCGCUAUCCCAGCCGCACUCGCGGCAUUGAGUGGCAUGCGCAGGUCUGCUCUACGGUCGGGCACUCCACCAGCUUCAGCAGGGACCGGAACUGGGGAGCGGGGAUUCUCCAAGAUAUCAGGCCGGAAACUGCCUCCGGUGAUUCAGUUUGGCGGCGAUGGUUAUUCAGAUCCACGUGAUACCAUGAUGACCAUGGAUUCAAGCCAGGUCUCGUACCGCGACUCAGCGGGCAUCUUAGCUGGUGGGAACCAGAAGUUUGCCGUAGGAGCCCCGAUGCGUCCGGAGAGCGGGAUACCAGUAUUCCACGAGGGGCCUUCGCGAUCACCAAUGAUUGACCAGGGCCCGUUCAGCGACCACGGGCCAUACGUCAGGUCUGAGUCGCCUACCUCGACACUAACGCCACCACGGCCACCGAGGACUCUGGACCCUGUGGGCAGAUCACAUAUCUCAAACGACGGGUCGAAUCGAUCGACCCUGUCAGUGUCUCGGUUUACGGAGGAGCUCUAA